UCGGGCAUCGCGAUCCGAUGGGCGGAUGGAGCACGGGAGCAGCAGCACGGGGCUGUGCCUGGGCACGCGUGGCUGCGUGGCACAAGGAGCCGAAGCCACGCGGUGCUGGGAGGCUGGGAAGGAGGGAACCAGCGGGUUUCGGUGUCUCCUGUGCCCCCUGUCCCAGGCGGAGGUGGCGGCACCACUCGGCCAUCACGGUGACCAACGAGCCCAUCCUGGAGUUCAAGCCAGGGAGCCCCGAGCGAGCAGCGCUGCAGAAGGCACUUGCUGACCUGAAGGGCAAGACAGAAGCCAUCCCAUGUGUGAUUGGGGGAGAAGAGGUGUGGACACCAACGGUGCGGUACCAGCUGUCGCCAUUUAACCAUGCACACAAGGUGGCCAAGUUCUGCUAUGCUAGCAAGGAGCUCAUUAACAAAGCCAUUAACGCUGCCUUGGCAGCGAGGAAGGAAUGGGACCUAAAACCUGUGCAGGACCGGGCGCAGAUCUUCCUGAAGGCAGCUGACAUGCUGAGCGGGCCGAGGCGAGCAGAAGUGCUGGCCAAAACCAUGAUCGGGCAGGGUAAGACAGUGAUCCAGGCAGAGAUCGAUGCUGCCGCCGAGCUCAUCGACUUCUUCCGAUUCAACGCCAAGUACGCCCUGGAGCUGGAGAAGAGCCAACCCAUCAGCGUGGACAUCAGCACCAACAGCAUGGUGUACCGGGGGCUGGAGGGUUUCGUGGCAGCCGUCUCCCCCUUCAACUUCACAGCCAUCGGUGGGAACCUGGCCGGGGCUCCAGCGCUGAUGGGGAACGUGGUGCUGUGGAAGCCGAGUGACACUGCCCUGCUCUCCAGCUACGCUGUCUACAAGAUCCUGCUGGAGGCCGGGCUCCCUCCCAACAUCGUGCAGUUCGUGCCGGCGGACGGGCCCGUGUUUGGGGACACCGUCACCAGCUCCGAGCACUUGUGCGGGCUCAACUUCACCGGCAGCGUGCCAACUUUCAAGCGGCUCUGGAAGCAGGUGUCGGAAAACCUGGAUCGCUACCGCAACUUCCCCCGUCUGGCUGGAGAGUGCGGAGGGAAGAACUUCCACCUGGUGCACAGCUCCGCGGAUGUGGGCAGCGCGGUGAACGGCACCCUGCGCUCCGCCUUCGAGUACGGCGGCCAGAAAUGCUCCGCCUGCUCCCGCCUCUACGCCCCGGCCUCGCUGUGGCCCCACAUCAAAGAGAAGCUGCUGGAGGAGCACGGGAAGAUCAAAGUGGGAGAUCCCACCCAGGACUUUGGGACGUUUUUCUCUGCAGUCAUUGAUGACAAGUCUUUUGCACGGAUAAAGAAGUGGAUCGAGCACGCCAAGAAGUCGCCCAACCUCACCAUCCUGGCAGGAGGUGGCUGCGACGACAGCGUUGGGUACUUCGUUGAGCCCUGCAUUGUGGAGAGCAAAGACCCCCAGGAUCCCAUCAUGAAAGAGGAGAUCUUUGGCCCCAUCCUCACGGUUUACGUGUACCCCGAGGAGCGGUUCAAGGAGGUCCUGGAGCUCAUCGACACCACCACCCCCUACGGCCUCACGGGGGCGGUCUUCGCCCAGGAGAAGAGAAUCAUCGAGGAGGCCAGGAGCUUCCUGCGCAAUGCAGCUGGCAAUUUCUACAUCAAUGACAAGUCAACAGGCUCCGUCGUGGCUCAGCAGCCCUUUGGAGGCUCCCGCAUCUCAGGCACCAACGACAAACCUGGUGGCCCCCACUACAUCCUGCGCUGGACGUCUCCUCAGGCCAUCAAGGAGACACACGUGCCCCUGACGGACUGGCGCUAUGCCUACAUGCAGUGACACCUCCUGCUCCCCGGCCCCACUGGUACUACUGAUCCUCAACGCACAGAGUGGCCUUGAGCUACACCCUCGAGAAGCACUUAGAUGUACUGAUCUCUAACCUGAGCUUGGGUUUUAUUUUGAAAUGAAAAUUCUAUUAUUAAACUGUAAAUGCAGAAGAGAAAGUC